AUGUCCUAUUCUACUAAGCCCGUUCAUAUCGUCCAGAACGCCGGCGGCUGGACAGAAGAGAACAAGAAGCACCCCGUCGUGGAGUGGCUGCACGACUUUGAACGCGAGUUCGACUUUGGAAACAUGAAGACAACCGGCCACGCCCCCUGGGCCACGGACGACUUCACCUUCUCCCAGUGCGGCGCCCCAAGUGCCACGCCGGGCGCAGCGGCGUUCGCCGCCCUCGUGGCCGUCUACGCGCCUUUCAGCGCUCACUACCACGAGCCGCAUUGCUACCUCAUCUGGGAGAACGAAAAGGGCUACGAGUUGACGGGCGUGGCCAACAUGUACGGCACCUUCCACGUGCCCAGCGCUGGCGGCGAGAAGGUGAAGGACCUGGAGGGCCGCGAGUGGGACUUCAAGGGCCUCGGCAGCUUCUACUUUGUCUUCGAGAAGGACCCGAGCGGCCCCAAGGGCCUGAAGCUCAAAUCGGAGGCUCUCGUCGCCGACGGGCUUCCGGUCGCCAAGGAACUGGUCAAGCGCGGCAUGGCCACGCCCGACCAGGUCCUUGCCUGAACGGCCACGCCGCGGGCGGUACUCUCGACACGCCUUUUCGCCGAAAGAGGGCUUUUUUUGGGGAGAGGGCUGAAAGAGCUUGGGUGUGCGGAGUGCGGCGCUGUUCGCUUGGGGGUUGUGAGGAAGUGAGGGCUGUACCUUUCUUUGAAUUCUUAUUUGCUUUCACCGACACUCGCUAUCAUCAUGGUCUCCGCGGAUCGUGGUGAGAGUGGCCGGUGCUAGCCGGUCGAUUCGAGGAGCCAUGUUACUGAGACAAAAAUUGGACUUUGGAUUGCUU